UCAGCAAUUGGAAUCUUAUGCUAGCCCAGGGAAUACGGCACAAUGGAAUUUCCCGAGAUCAACCGAGGGCACAAAAAUGUAACGCUAUCGAGAAUUGGCCUUUCAGAAUGUGUUUGAAGAGCCUAAUCGACACGCACCUGUAGGGCUCGGCCACGGACACCGCUCCAAGACACUAGCGGAUAUGCAUGUCUGAUAGCAGAGAAGGUUAACCGCAUGGUUAUUGCAGAUCGAGACUGCCAUGGCCAGGCAUUCCAUUCCUCCAACACAGUCUGAUGAGCGUAAACCUCUUCAGCUUCGACUGGACUGCAGAUCCAAUGUCGUUGAUCAAGGCCCUAUACCAUUAACAAUGGCAUAGGAUGUAGGAUCAAUAGUUUGGAGCAAGGGGUGUUCACGGUGGCUGCCUGCAAAGUGACACAAAGAGGCAGUGAUGGGCCCAUAGAGGUGCUGCCCUGGACUCCCAAGGCGCUAAGGCCGUACGGACCGGCGAUCACAAUCCAGCCAAUGUCCAAGGGUUCAAGAUGAGCAAUUUCGCGAGUCAAGAAGCCUCACGCACACGAGGCUGCACGAACAUCGAGUGAUCGUCUGUUACGUUUAAAUCGGUGGAACUUUGCUCAUUGGACUGCAAUAAGUCAUCUUCUACUUUCCUUUCUGACAUUCUCGAAGAUGGUUGCCAGGAUCGCGAACUUACUUGGUUUUUCAAGCGUCGCCUGGCUUAGCAUGGCGAAUGGGAUCGUUGCCCACGACACCAUCUCCCGCGAUGUAAUCAUACUUGGUGGUGGCAGUUCGGGCACGUAUGCCGCGAUUCAACUCAAGGAUCAAGGCAAGACCGUUGCUGUCGUUGAACGCAACGAUUAUCUGGGCGGUCACGGCGAAACCUACUACACUGAAGAUAAUACACCUCUCAACUAUGGUGUGGAGGGGUUCUUUAAUACGACCGUGACUCGGAACUAUCUCGAACGGCUUCAGGUACCCUAUGGGCGCCGCAACCCUGCUCCCGCGCACGAGGACUACGUGAACCUCAACACAGGGCAAAGAACGGAAUACCCUCCAGGCCAGCUUCAAGACCGGGAGGCCUUUGCGAAAUGGGUCGAUGCCAUCUCUCAGUUUGGGUUCUUGGAUGACGGAGUCUACCGCAUCCCAGAGCCGGUGCCAGAGGACCUCAUCAUGCCUUUCGCGGACUUCGUCAAGAAGUACCAUCUCGAAGAUGCCGUGUACGCUCUCUUCUCUCAUACGUCUGGCGAUGUGCUGGAAAUGAUCACACUCUAUGUCAUCCAAUACAUCGGGGUCCCCCACGCUGCCGCCUUGAAUGAGGGCUACGUCCGUCCUAUUGAGGGUAUCGCCGCUCUGUACAAGAGCGCUGGCGAGGAACUCGGUGGUGACGUUCUGUUGGAAACGACUCCCGAGUCCGUCCAACGCUCCGAGGAUGGUGUAAAAGUCAUCGUACGCAGUGCUGACGGGACCAAGACGCUCCUCAAGGGCAAGCAGCUCCUAGUCACCAUCCCGCCCCUGCUGGACAACCUCCAUGGCUUUCCGCUCAGUGAGCAGGAAACUUACAUUUUUUCGAAGUGGCAGUAUCACCAGUACUGGGCUGCUCUUGUCAAUGAUACCGGUCUCCCCAACGAUGUGAACCUCGUAAACGUUGAUACCGAACGCCUGUACGGUGUUCCCGAGGAACCAUUUAUCUGGCGGGUCGACAAUCAUUGGGCCCCGAGCUACCACAACGUGAAGUUAGUGGGCGGAGCCGACUUUGGCGAGGACGAGGCGAAGGCGUAUAUGUAUGAGAAGCUCGAGCUUCUCCAUGCGGAGGGAACAUACUCUACGCACCAGCCUCACAUUGUCAAGUUCGCGAGCCACACCCCGGUAACCAUGUUUGUUUCAGUGGAGGAAAUCCGUGGAGGGUUCUACCGGCAACUGUAUGAGCUCCAGGGGCUGAACAGCACGUUCUGGACAGGCGCCACUUGGGCAUCGGAUUACUCCACCUUACUAUGGGGGUAUACGGAUGAGGUUCUUCAACAGAUGGCUUCUUCCUAAUUGUUGCCUCCAGUAAUUGGGCAUUCCUCGGUCCGUGCAAUUCUACGAUGACCGCCGUACUUCGAUAGUUGGCUAGUAAAGAUCCACACAGAUGCAAUUAGGCAGAACUUGAUAAUUGAAUAUGCUUGUACCCACGUUCACAUCUCGGAGAGAUCAUUCCUCAACACAUAUAGACUUCUAAGGGGUACAAAAGUGACCAUGGUUAAACUCUCUCGAAUACAGUUUGUAGAUCCCUUGGUAC